AUGUGAGCAAAGGCUGUCUCUGAGAAAGAGGUGGAUUCGGGGAACAAUACAUGUGGGAAUCCAAUCAAACGAAUCCAGUAUGAAAUCAAGCAGAUGAAGAUGUUUAAGGGCCCUGACAAGGACAUAGCGUUCAUCUACACGGUUCCGUCCACUGCUGUGUGCAGCCAGCUGCUGGACACCAGCAGGAAGGAGGAGUAUCUCAUUGCAGGCAAGUCAGAGGGCAACGGCAAGAUGCCCAUCACACUCUGCGACUUGGUCACCACCUGGGGCUCACUGAGCCCAACCCAGAAGAAGAGCCUACACCAGCGGUACCAGAUGGGCUGUGAGUGCAAGAUCUCGUGCUGCCUCUCCAUCCCUUGCUUCAUCUCCUCACACGAGUGUCUCUGGACAGACUGGGCGAUGGAGAAGAACAGCGUGGAUGCACAGCAGGCGAAGCACUACAUUUGCAUCAAGAGGAGCGAUGGCUUGUGCUCCUGGUACCACAGCAUGGCCCCACCAAGCAAGAGUUUCUUGACAUCAAGGACCCCUAAGCCAAACAAGCACAUUCUAGUAGCCAGUACUGGAGUCGCACCAGUUGAUGUGGAGAAGUGUGGAGAAGAAUUGAAUAAAGCAGAAGAGGUGGCCUGA